CGUUAUUCAGAUUGACCCCUGUGCUCGAUCGAGGUUGACAGUCUUUGGCAUGAUUCUUGCUCCACGGAUCACUUCGUUGCUCUAUCUGUGCCGAGUUUUCUUUCUCUCACCAACCAUUUGACGAAUAGUUCGCCUAGCCCGGAGGGACGAAAUUUAGUCGGGGUCACUUCAAGACCUGAAAAGAAUUCUCGUUGCUAGCUAGGGCAGCUAGUGACGGAGCUGAUGUAGAGAGAUUGGUUGCUUGGUGCUAACUAUCAUCGCGUUCAAGUUCAGAGGGAUUGUUUCAAGGAUAGUUCGGGAGUCUUAGUUUUAGAAGAACGAUGGAGGAACCCAUUCAGUUGACAACAUUUGGCAAACCGAAGCUUAACAACGCAAGCACGGAGGCUACGCCUAAUGGUAUCGAUACCGCAGCGCCGAAUACCAAAGUGGACACGGUAUCGAAUAACAACCUUGUCGUUCAGCCAAAGGAUGCUUCGGGUUGCGCUGGGGAAACCAAGGAAUGCAAUAGUGUGAUACAUGAAACAGCCAUCGAUAUACCCGAGCCUCCCCCGCCUCCGCCUAUUCAGUCGUCGGCUUUCGACCAGCCUCAAAGUACUAGUACUGUUGGUACGGAGGCGACGGCUGACAUUAUCGAUACCGACACUCCGAUUUCGAAAGACGCAGAAUCGAUUAGUGCCGGUACCGCCGAAAAGGAACAAGCAGUCGCUCCUGUUGCUGCUGCUAAUGGGAGCCCUGGGAACGAGGAAAGCAAUAGUGUGGCACCAGAGAAAGAGCUGUCCUCGACCCCAACUAAGUUUUCUACUUUUAGUCCGCCUCUAUCGGUAAUUGCCGAAACUCACGAAACAACACCAGAUGUGCAAGGCGCCAACAAAGACGAGACGCCGAAACCAGCCGAAGAGCCGAAGGGCGCCCUCGGCACUUCGGCAACGCAACAGCCACUAGCGCCCUCAACUGGCGACACCGCAACCACCACGAGUCUUUCAAAAGAAGCCGAGGCGAGGCCGGGCGCCGACCAGAGUAAGAGUUCACCGGAGCCAGACGAUCCAGCGGGGCUUCAAAAUGUCGCUUCGGUGGCAGUUCUUGAUAAAGGUCAACAAAGUAUUGAAAUCGAACUGGGGCCGGCUGCGGACGAGUUGGGUCCGGCACCAGUCGUUCUCAUGGACGAGGCGGUGGAAAGCAAUAGUCUGGACUCCGGCAUGAAGCUUGCGUCAUUCGACGCGGAGCUGGACACCAUGUUCGUGAAAGGCGAGGAAAACGAGCCUCAGAGGUGUAGCAGGACCCGGUUUGUGGUCCUGUGCAGCAUGGCUAUAGCUACGGUCAUGUUGCUCCUGGUUGCGGUGGGGUUGGUGCUACUCAUGACAUACGAGGAUAUCUCCAAGAUUCUAGGUGAAUCUGGAAAACCCACCAUCACUAUGCAAAGGGUGGUGAUGUUAGGAGAAGACAGAAUCAAGAACCUGCAAUUUUCUUCCUCGUACGAUGACCCAACAUCGGAGAGUUACAAGUCCCUUCAAAGACAAUUCAUAAACUCGAUAGAUGAAGCCUUUAAAAGAAGUCCUUACAGUGGAGUAUAUAGAUCAACCAGCGUUUCUAAAUUCAGGAACGGCAGUGUUAUCGUAGUCUUCUCAGUCCUAUUGAAACCGAUGAAAACACCACGUCCUUCUGAAGAUCAAACGUCUGGGAGAAGAGUCUACGAGGAGGCAAAGAAGUUCCUCCGGAAGAAGCUUCGAUCAGUGAUGAUCGACGAAACAACUUACAACGUGUCUAAUAUCAAAUUGACACUGAUGUUUGGAUCUGAGUCGGUUACCGAAGAGCCCCCUACCACCAGACAGCCGCAGAUGUCGACGAUCCAAAUCUCGCCGAGUCAUGUGACCACGGCACGUGACCAGACCACAAUCACGACUGAUGGUUACCAGUCAACGGAGAUGAGCUCCACAGCUGAUCAGACGACAGCGAGUAUGAUGCCGGCAACCAGCGACCAGACAGGCACGACCAGAGCGUCUACCAGUGCAGCCCCACUGAGUACCAGUGAUGUGACAAAUACGUUUGCUAUGAAUCAGAUGACAACGUUAGUCACACGUGAAACGAUGACCACUGCGAACCCAACUACUGUUACCAGUGAACAAAGAACAGAUUCGAAUUCAACUGGUGUCAUGACAACCGAGAUUACGUUAUCGACAACGAUGAAUGGAACCACUCGUCGAAAACGAAGCACAAGGUUCACCGACAUGUCGACUACCCGUCUCGUCACAAAACAGUCGUCGAGUACCCUGCCCGUGUCACUCACGCCCAAGAUGACCGAUGACGUCACGGAGGGGUGUUUCCCGAAUCCAUACCAGACCUGCGUACUGUUGGGCUUGUCUCCGAACGUCACCCGAACGCCAAAUCGGUUCGGUCUCGGGCACAACACAUCUCAGAUUUGGAGUCAGUUCAACAACGAAGUCAUGGCAGGAAUGGUCCGUGAUUUUACGACAUGGCGGGUCAUCUGCAGCCUGUUAGCGCCCUCUUGCGACGGCAGUCUGAUAGGUCCCACCCUCCCGUGCAGAUCGGCUUGUCUUGCUCUCGUUGGCUCGCUCAGAGACACUGUUGAGACGAGGACGCUGGGGGCGCUGUGCAACGAGUCACUACCGGAGUCGGAGUCAGGAACGAUCUGCUUCAAGUUGCCCAAUCAGGAUCAAACUAACGCUCCUCCCAACGGAGGCCUGUGCAGCGCCCUCUCGUGUCAAAAUGGAGGAUCCUGCUUCGAAAUGAACAAUGGCGCUUACUGCCGCUGCCCUGAAGGUUUUGGCGGACGUCGCUGUGAUAUUGAUCCGUGCAGCCCGAACCCAUGCCAGAACGGAGCAAUGUGUCGUGGCCAUGCGGAGUUCAUCAUAUCGUACGUCUGCGGAUGCCAAGACGGUUACCAGGGGACACAUUGUGAGCUAAGUACUGCGGAGCCGCUACCUUCUUACACACCAAAACUGGACGUUCACGUACCGGUUGAGAUCGACGAGCCCGGAUGCCGUGACCUGCUGCCCUAUAACCAGUCUUUUUCCGACACCAAGGUGCCAGACUGGCGCGUGGUGGCGCCCCUGGCGUCCUGCAGCGACGAGGCCCGCCUGAUCUUCUGCGCGAUGGCCUACCCGGAGUUCGAACCCCGCCGCAGGAGGGCGCCUUGUAGCGCCCUGUGCGAGCGGGUGUUCGCCGAGUGCGACGCGUUCUUCACCGUGAUGGGGCGAGAUUUCCCGGGAAUUUGCGAGAGGUUGGGGACCAUCCCUACGGCAGUGGCAAACUUCUGCACUGGACCCCAUCCCUAAAAGUAAACAAAUGGUGCUAAGCGACAAUCGGUACUUAAUACUAAUCCUUUACUUUGGUUUAAAAAACAAAUGGAAAACUUGCAUUAAAAUUACAAUUCGCGACAACGGUUUUUAAAAAAAAAAGCAAUAUGGUUAAUCAAGCAACACAUUAAAUUAGAAUGUAAUAUUGACGUAAAGUUAUGAGCAUCGCCCCUUACUUAACCUUAACUGUGUUUACUUUGUAAUACUCAGUACCAAAGUCUUUAAGAGUUUUUACUUUCGUUCCAGAAAUAAGAAGUGUUUUUCAUAAGGUUUUGGCAAAAUUUUGUCGCCUUUUGUACAAAGUCUCAUUAACAACAGAUGCAUAUAUUCGGAACUUAAAGUCUGUAUAUUAUGAAAUACAUAUUGGUGUAUUGAUUGUCAAAUGACAUGAGUUGGAAUGAAUGACAACCCUUCAAAAUCAUUUAAAAAGGAAGAUGUUAAAUAUUUUCCAAAAUUUUCAUUUCGAUAUACAGACGAUAGAUAUUGCUUUUAUGAAUGUAACUUUCAGUCCAUAAAUUAUACAUUAAACGUUGGGCACACUGCACACAAAUUGAAUGUACUAAACAACGAAUUAACAUAACGACGAGAAAAAUGGCGGGAUCCUCUCCAUAUUUCAUGACAGCGCUACCAUGACAACCAAAGCCGGAGUAGGCUUCAUCUUCGCGCCUAAUUACAGAUGAUGUGAGAGCGCGGUCACCAUAUGGGUAAUCUCUGACGUCACUGUACCGCGCUUACUGACAUCCUCAUGUUUCACGGCGCUGCUAAGCAAACAAAUUGCUUAGCACGAAAA